AUGAAUAUUGACAACGAAGGAAAAGAAGUCGAUCAGACCAAAUAUAGAGGAAUUAUUGGAUCGUUAUUAUAUCUUGCAGCCAGUAGGCCAGAUAUAUCUUUUGCUAUUGGCGUGUGUGCACGAUUCCAAUCCUGUCCUAAGGAAAGUCAUCUAAGUGCAGCUAAGAAGAUCCUGAGAUACCUCAAGGGAAUGCAAAGUGUUGGACUUUGGUACCCGAAAGGAGGAUCUUUCAAUCUCGUUGGAUAUUCUGAUGUAGAUUUUGCUGGAUGCAGAAUUGACCAAAAGAGUAUCUCUGGGACGUACUCCCUCUCCACUUCCUAUUGUGAAAGCACCAAGCCCAAUAGAGGACCUACUCGAGCACCUACUCUAACUUCUGCUAAACUUUAUGAGUACAAUGAACUGUAUGACGAAAGUAGGAGACUGUUAGUGGAAGAAGACAUUGACAGCUUCGAUUACUCUCCACCUGGCACACCAUCAACUUUCCCCACGCCUCUGAAGUCUAAGAAGAAUGAGUAA